UUAUUUUUAUUUUUAUUUUUUAUAUCGCGCUCAUUUGCAAAUGCGUAAAAAUCCUUCAAGGGAGCCCUAGAACGGUCGAAACAUCUAAUAAUCCCGUUUUAUUCUCCAAUUACUCUUCUUUUCAAUAAUUUCAAAAUUCUUCGAUCCCAUUUCUAAUUAAUCUUAAAUCUUAACCAUUUUCUCCUCUCUAGGCGUAGAUUUUUUGAAAAACCCUAACCCCAAAAAUUCGCAUCAAUUUAUACACAUAUAACUACGUAGAAUUCACAGUUUCUGUUGGAUUAGGAUUUAGCUAUGAGUUCAAGAGCGAGAUAUCCACCGCCGGGGAUGGGAGGCGGCCGAGGUGGCGGUACUGGGGGAAUGAACAUGAAUACUGGACCAAACUAUGGGUUUCAGCCAAGAAAUCCUACUCAGCAGUACGUGCAGAGGAGUCCUGCACCGAAUAAUCAGGCAUUUCAGAACCCUCAGCCACAGCAGUUCAUUCGAAGGGCUCAGCUUCCGUCGCCGGCCGAUACGGCCGGCAAUGAGGUCGACAGGGCCAUGCAUUCGGAAGCUAUAGAUUCAAGUUCACAAGAUUGGAAGGCACAAUUAAAGCCACCACCAUCUGAUAACCGUUACAGAACAGAGGAUGUAACAGCUACUAAAGGAAAUGAAUUUGAAGACUACUUUUUGAAGCGCGAGCUGCUUAUGGGAAUAUAUGAGAAGGGAUUUGAGAGACCUUCUCCAAUUCAGGAGGAGAGUAUUCCAAUUGCUCUCACUGGAAGUGAUAUCUUGGCUAGGGCAAAAAAUGGAACUGGGAAAACUGCUGCCUUUUGCGUUCCUGCCCUGGAGAAAAUUGACCAAGAUAACAAUGUUAUUCAAGUUGUUAUUCUUGUCCCAACACGAGAAUUAGCUCUUCAGACAUCACAAGUUUGCAAAGAGCUUGGGAAGCAUCUAAAAGUUCAAGUCAUGGUUACAACUGGUGGAACUAGCUUAAGAGAUGACAUAAUGCGUUUGUAUCAACCAGUUCACUUGCUUGUUGGAACUCCAGGGAGAAUCCUUGAUCUUGCUAAUAAGGGUGUUUGCGUUUUGAAAGAUUGCUCUAUGCUUGUGAUGGAUGAGGUAUGAAAAUGUUUUGAUAUA